CAUGUAUAAGAACGAACGGUCCAUUGGAAUCGACGCGUAGUGUCCCAUCCGUGAUCCCGUUCAUGCUUGUAUACGGUUCAUCAUCGCGACGCAAUUUUUGAAAGAUGCUCCGUCUGCACUCGCUAGUGCUCGCUGCGUGUUUAUUAACGAAAACAACCUAUUCCAGUCUUACAGAAGCUAAUUCUGGAUGGCAUGGAGUGUCUAGUUAUGGAACUAUGAAUUACGGCUCCACCGGCCACGAUGCAAACAUUCAUCAGGAUCUCUCCUCUUAUGGAUUAUACUCCUCUUAUGGAAAUGCCGCUGAUUUUCAUGGAAAACUAAACCAUGGAUUUAGCGAAGCACAUAUUCAACAUACGCUCGCUCAAUCUGUGCCGAUCAGCGAGCACGUGGAAGUCACGAAGCCGGUGGCAGUGCCGGUUAUAAAAAAUAUCGGCGUUCCAGUGGCGCACCCCGUCACGAUUCCUGUACCCCAUCCUGUGGCGAUAGCCGUUGCUCAGCCAUACCCUGUUCAUGUACCGUACGCCCAACCUAUCGCCGUGCCGGUUGUGAAGACUAUUGCAAUUCCGGUCGAAAAGAAGGUUCCGUAUCCGGUGGAGAAGAUUAUUCCGGUGCCCGUGGAGAAGGCGGUGCCGAUCACCGUGGAGAAACACGUGCCGGUUCCGGUGGAGAAGCCCUAUCCAAUCCAUAUACCUGUCUACAAGCACAUUUUCCAUCGAAAGACAAAGAACAAUAUUCACGCCCAUGGUUGGGCAGUGCUGUUUUCUCUGCUAUCCUUGGCCGCGGCCACGCCAGUGAUCGUGAACCAGGACAACGGAUACUACAUGCUGCAAUUGUUCAACCCUCAGCAUGCGAUUGACCGCUCCGAUCAAGAGAUCGCCGGUACUUCUGGUAGCAGUGGUUACGGUGGUAGUUACGGGGGUGGUUACGGGGGUGGUUACGGGGGUGGAUACGGAGGUGGUGAUUUCGGCGGCCAUGGGGGUGGAGGAUUCGAUGGCGGCUCUGGUGGACAUCUAGAGUCCAGCGGUCUUGACGGCGGUCACCAGGAUUUCUCCUCCGGUGGUGGAUUUGAUGGUGGUCACGGUGGUGAUGAUGGCGGCCACGGGGUCUCUCUCGAUGGCGGACAUAAUUACGUUCAUAGUGUUCCCGUCUCCGAGCACGUCGAAGUGACGAAGCCGGUGGCUAUACCAGUCUACAAACACGUCGGUGUACCAGUUCCAAAAUCCGUGCCAAUACCCGUGCCACAUCCGGUGGCAGUCGGUGUUCCGCAGCCCUAUCCCGUCCACGUUCCCAUACCGAAGCACAUUCCCAUACAAAUCGUGAAGACGGUGGCAGUGCCGGUAGAGAAGAAGGUUCCUUACCCCGUGGAGAAGCACAUACCAGUGCCCAUCGAGAAACCAGUCCCCAUCACGAUCGAGAAGCAUAUUCCCGUGCCGGUCGUGAAGCCGUAUCCCAUCAAAAUCCCCGUGUACAAGACCAUUUACCAUCACGCGAAGAAGCAUUAAGGAAUGUGCGGAAUCUACGGAGAACUUCCAUGGGGAAGAGAGAACACGCGCUAUAUUAGCCUGAAACAUUGGCAAUCCGCUUCAGUUUCUUCAGCUUAACGAAGUCCAUAGAUUAAGGCCACAUUUACGUUAACAUCCAUGUUUCUGUUAAGGAUGUUGGAUUGAGGGAGCGAAGGUGCGGUUGAUCCAUACAAAGUUACUCACAUUACGUCACAUUACGAAAAAGUUAUGGCGGUUACCCUAUAUCUU